AUGAGAAGGAGAGUACGAGAAAAGGAAGAGAAGCGGUGGACCACACACACAUCGAGCGAACGUGACCGAGACAGUACAAGUUCAUAUUGUAAUGCAGAAGUAUACCUCCGCAGUAUUACCGGAAAUUUUUUUUCAACAUUCAUCGGUGAUAAAUCUACAGGAAAGAGAAGACUCAACAUUUCACAAAAGCGUUCAACGCAACGCCAACAUUACAGCAACAUUUUCUCACCCAUAAUUGGGGGGAAAUUUUUUUCAACAUUCAUCGGUGAUAAAUCUACAGGAAAAAGAAGACUCAACAUUUCACAGAAGCGUUUAACGCAACGCCAACAUUACAGCAACAUUUUCUCACCCAUGAUUGGGGGGAAAUUUUUUUCAACAUUCAUCGGUGAUAAAUCUACAGGAAGAAGACUCAACAUUUCACAGAAGCGUUCCUCAAAAUUGGCAGAGAUGCAGAAAAUCUUCAUUCUGCAUUUUGGGUUCAACUUUUAGUGUAUUAGAUUAAUUUUAAAGUGUAAAAAAUAUUUGUGUGUUGUGAUUUAUUUAGCUAGGAAAUAUGUAAUAAAUUGUAUUAGUUAGGAAAAUAGAUAAGUAAGUUGACAGUUUAGCAAAAAAAAAAAAAAAAAUUAAUAACACACAAGAGGAUUCAGCAAGCAACGCUUAACAUUACAGCAACAUUUUCUCACCCAUGAUUGGGGGUAAGUCAAA